UAUCAUAGUCUAGUUCUCUCAUCGUGUAUUUUCUAACGUGUUGUCUUAUCAGUUCAGUUUGUUAUCUUGUCAAAGCCGCGAUGCAAUCACAUGAUAAUGCUCAGCUCUGAGAGUUUAUGAACUUAAGUUCAAGUUCAACUAAUUGAUUUUUUGCGAUAAGCCCACUUGAAUGGGCCACCUACGAAAUACCCAUAAAACCGUAAUGUCACCCUACAACUGCAUUGAGUUAGUCCUGGUAGCUUGCAACAUGACGACGAUCGUGCGGGAAAUGAAAUUGGAUGACAUCGAUGAGGCCAGCCUCUUCAUACGUGAUCAUUUUUACGGCCAUGAGCCCCUGAUGCAGACGCCCGGCGAACAUCCGUUGAUCUACGACGAUCCCAAGAAGCGCGAGUAUCGCCUCUCCCUCGUACGGCAGGGCACCUCGUUGGUUGCGGUUGACCAGAGCAAUGGCGGUCGCAUUGUGGGCGUGGCGUUUGCUGGUAUUAUGCAUCCCAGCGAUCUGGAGCAGAACUGGAGCGAGGUCAACGAACGCAAACCCAAGCUUCUCAUCGAACAUAUACAUUAUUUUCUGUGCAACAUCAAGAAACACGCUCAGUUCUUUGAGCAUUACGACGUUACGGAUGCUCUAUAUCUGAAAACUCUGGCCGUCGACUCGACGAUGCGUCGUCAGGGGAUCGCACGCCGUCUGGUUGUUACCCUAAUGGAGCUGGGACGCACCAGGGGAAUUCCCCUGAUGGUAGCCACCUGCACAGGUGCCUACUCGACGCGUCUGAUGGCCUCGCUGGGCAUGGAGUGCGUGCACUCGGAACUCUAUGCGGACUUUAAGGAUGAGGAUGGCAAUGUGGUGAUUCAUCCGCCCGAGCCACACUCAGAGGCGAGCGUCAUGGCGAUUAAGCUGCAGGAAAUGCCCUCAUAUAAUCCGGGUCUUUAUAAGACAUUUUUCUAGUGAUAGCAAAUAUAGGUAUAUGUUAAUUUUAGCUUUCCUUUGAGACUUAUUAUUUUUUUUAAUUUUAUUUCACAAAUUUUUGAAAACGUGACUGAUGUA